AUGCUGUCCAACACUCCGCCAACCAGCAGUCUUCAUGCCCGUCACAGGCACCGACGCCAGAACUCGACACCGACGGCAUUCGAAGCAGUGAAGAUCCAGCCCUUGCCUAACAAUGUCCAGCGCCAACGUGCCCUCGGCCACCGCCGGGGCCUCAGCCUGGAUACUCGCAGACAAGUGAUGUCUCCUAACGGAACAAGGCAGGACUUUGCGCAGCAUGUUCUGCGAGAAGCGCAGCAGCAACGCAUACAAGCACGCCCGGGCCCCCGACAGCAAGCACACCUUCACCAACAACAACAGCACCAACAACACCAACUUCAGCACCAACAACACAUGUUCGUGGCCGCCAACGACCAUGAGAACUACCUCAUGUCCCCCCAUGGCACGCCGGCCGCCCAGCGUUUCGACGCCACAUGCUUCGAUUCCACCCCCAUCCAGUUCGACCAGUAUGGCAACCAGAUGAACGGCAUGAUGGCCAAGAACCAGCAGGCCUACGGCGCCAGCAUGGGAGGCAACAAGGACUUUGAGCUCUUUGGCUCUGACAGCGCCCUCUCGACGCCCUCCUUCAUGAACUUCAGCGACGCUCCCAACACUCCCCAGGGCUGGAUCUCUGAGGGAGAAACUGCCAGCACGAGGCGGUCGUCGCGGAGAAUCAGCAACGGCAUCAUGGACAGGGUCAGCAAAUUCGAGACCAUGGGCAUUGAGCAGAUGUCAAGACCAAUGACACCUCCUACUCAGAAUGCAACAAGUACGUUCCUCGAACCAUCGUCUGCGUACAUUGACUUACAAGCCGCAGAUUACUUUCCUCCUACUCCUAUGGAGACGCCUCAUGAUCGGGCUAUCAAGCACGAGCCAAUGUCCGCCAGGCCAAGUCGCUUCGCCGACGGCUACGAUGAGUCCAUGGAGGAGACGCUGAAGCCCACGAGGAGGUCGAACCAGAGAACGCAGAACAUCUUUGAGGAGCUGCGGAGACAGUCUGAGCAGACCUCCAUGCCCGUCCCCCAGCAACCCACCCAGGUGACCGAGGCGGCCAUGUACGAGCAGUCGAUGCCCACCGCCGACUUCAUGAACAUGAACAACUUCAACAACGAGUUCAUGAAGAUCCAAGGCACGUACGACGGCAUCACUGACGACUUCGCUGCCUCCGAUCUCUCUGCGCAAUCCACCCCUCACACUCCUCUCAUGAACUUCCACGCGGCGUUCGACAACAGGCCCGAUCUGAGGCAUCCCAACAUGGAGAUUUCGUCCUCUUCCCCCACUUGUUCGUUCGACAUGUCCCGCCGUACUUCCCCUCACCGCCGUACCGAGUCUCUUGCCAGCAUUGCCAGCGCCGCCAGCAUCGCGAGCAUCAACAUCGAGGAGACCAAGACCGACACCGGUGUCACAAUCGAGGAUAUCGCAAACUAUAUCCAAGGCCCCGAUCCUGGCGACGGCAAGUGGACCUGCGUGUACGAGGACUGCGGCAAGAAGUUCGGCCGCAAGGAAAACAUCAAGUCCCACGUCCAAACCCAUCUGAACGACCGCCAGUACCAGUGCCCUACCUGCAAGAAGUGCUUCGUCCGCCAGCACGACCUGAAGCGCCACGCCAAGAUCCACACUGGCAUCAAGCCCUACCCCUGCGAGUGCGGCAACAGCUUCGCCCGCCACGACGCCCUCACCCGCCAUCGCCAGCGCGGCAUGUGCAUCGGAGCCUUCGACGGCAUCGUCAAGAAGGUCGUCAAGCGCGGCCGUCCCCGCAAGCACCGCCCCGAGAUGGACGAGCGCGUCAACAAGUCCGCCCGCACCAGAACCAAGAACAAGUCCACCACCUCCACCUCGUCGCAGUCCGGAUACUCGGACAGCUCUGCAGUCAACUCCCCAGAGAACGACUUCAACAUGAUGGACGAGCAGUUCGAGAUGGGCGGCAUCAGCAUCGAGCGGCCAGGCCUGGACAUGCCUCUGCAAAUCACAACCGUGUCUUCUGCGCCGAUGCCCUCAUCACCCCCCAGAAUCCACAAGGAGUUGGACAUUGAACCGUCACCCGCCGCCAGCAGCCACCACUCGGGGUAUGUCUCUCCGGAAGCACUGAUGGAGGCGCCAACGGCGUUGUCCCAGCAACCAGAAUCCCCAGCCAAGAGCGAGUACAACACCCCGCCCGAGCUCUCCCAGUCAUCCUCGCCCCCGCCCAACCAGUUCUUCGACGCCGAGCCCAAUGCUUCCGGCUUUAGCGACGACUCGUUGCUCGCCGGUAUGCGGGGCAACGCCGGCGUCGGUGUCGGCAACACCAGCAUCUCCAGUCUGGGCCUGGACCCCGACGACGAGAUGCUGAUGAAGACCUUUUCGGGCGAGGAGGGUCUCGUGCAGUUUGACCGCGAGUCCAACAUGCUCAUGAUGAACAAGUUUGACGAGUUCGACGACCCCGUCAACAUGUUCACCAACGACGACGUCUUCUUUGGCAGCUCAUGA